AUGGCCACUAGAGACAACUCGUCCCAAACUGAUGACGAAAACUGGACCAUACCAUCUGUCGCGCCGGAUGCCAUGUGCCUGGAUGGCCAUGUAUUCCGCAUCAACUACGAUGUCCCAGAGGAGAUUACCCGGCAACUGAACGCACUGUACGACCGCGACGCAAAGUAUGAAGAGAUCCCGGAGCACCUGAGAGCAUAUGAAAUCGAAAAGGAAGACUCAGAUGUGGAAGAAGCAAAAGAGCUAGAACGGUACCUUGAGGAAGAGGCCACGCGCAAGAAGAAAGACCUCGAGGAAAUGAAGGAGGCCUUGCUCAAGGCCAAGUCUACUCGAGUAUCAACACGCGAGUGA